UCGCCCGGGUCGCGGGCGGACGCGCGCCGCAGUCGGAGCCUCAGACGCGCGGCGCAGGGGACAGCGCGGGGCGGCGGGAGGCGGCGGCUCCGUCGGGAACGGACGCCGUCCACGCUCCAGGGUUCCGGGGGCUCAGCAGCGGUGGGCGCGGCGGAAGAACGAAUCCUUGUGAUAUUCUUCCUCAGCACCCACAACCCCUGUUUGUUGAAGACUUUGGCCAAAACUGCUCUCAGCUGUUGGCAUCAUUCUGAGAAAAGGACAGCUUUCAAACAUCAGGGAAACUUUCAGGAGACUUUUGGCCCCAGUGGAUCUUUUGAAGGCUUUGGCGGGUUGGAGCCUGACCUGACCAGUCUGGACAGAAUUGAUCUCCCCAGCCUCUUCUACCAUGCACCCGGGCAAUGCUGAGAAGACAUCUGGUUUAAAGAAUUAAAAGGACAACUUCUUCAGACAGGAAGAACUUCUUCAAAGUUCCCUGCAUGAAAAUUAUUUAAACGUUGCACGCAAAUCUUUUGUGAAAGAAGAAAAGGAAAUUCAGUUUGUGGGUCUCAGCAGGAGCUCAGCUAAUGCAGCUUAAAAAAAUGCCGAGAAGGAAGCGCUUAUCUGCAGGCAGAGCGCCCAUGAUUCUCUUCCUGUGCCAGAUGAUUAGCGCACUGGAUGUACCUCUUGAUCCAAAACUUCUUGAAGACUUGGUACAGCCUCCAACCAUUACUCAACAGUCUCCAAAAGAUUACAUUAUUGACCCUCGAGAGAAUAUCGUAAUCCAGUGUGAGGCCAAAGGGAAACCUCCUCCAAGCUUCUCCUGGACCCGCAAUGGGACGCAUUUUGACAUAGAUAAGGACCCUCUCGUCACCAUGAAGCCCGGCUCAGGAACCCUCACGAUCAACAUCAUGAGCGAAGGGAAAGCAGAGACCUACGAAGGGGUCUAUCAGUGCACAGCCAGGAACGAGCGCGGAGCGGCAAUUUCUAAUAAUAUUGUUGUCCGUCCUUCCAGAUCACCACUGUGGACCAAAGAAAAACUUGAACCAAUAAUACUUCGAAAUGGCCAGUCUCUGAUACUUCCCUGCAGACCCCCUCUUGGAUUACCACCACCUAUAAUAUUCUGGAUGGAUAAUUCCUUUCAGAGACUUCCACAAAGUGAGAGAGUUUCUCAAGGUCUUAACGGAGACCUUUACUUCUCCAAUGUUCUCCCAGAGGAUACCCGUGAGGACUAUAUCUGUUAUGCCAGAUUUAAUCACACUCAAACCAUACAGCAGAAGCAACCUAUUUCCGUGAAGGUGAUUUCAGUGGAUGAAUUGAAUGACACCAUAGCUGCUAAUUUGAAUGACACUGAGUUUUAUAGUGCAAAAUCAAAUAGAGAGAGGCCACCAAGCUUUUUAACUCCAGAAGGCAAUGCCAGUCAUAAGGAAGAAUUAAGAGGGAAUGUCCUUUCGCUGGAAUGCAUUGCAGAGGGACUGCCUACCCCAAUUAUUUACUGGAUAAAAGAAGAUGGAACACUGCCCAUCAACCGGACAUUUUAUAGGAACUUCAAGAAAACUCUACAGAUCAUUCAGGUUUCAGAAGCAGACUCUGGAAAUUACCAGUGUAUAGCCAAAAACCCAUUGGGAGCUAUCCAUCAUACCAUUUCUGUUACAGUUAAAGCGGCCCCAUACUGGAUCAUGGCACCUCAAAACCUUGUGCUGUCCCCAGGAGAGGACGGCAGGCUGAUGUGCAGAGCCAGUGGCAACCCCAAGCCCAGAAUUAGCUGGUUAUUGAAUGGAGUCCCAGGAGAAAUUGCUCCUGAUGACCCCAGCAGAAAAAUAGAUGGCGAUACCAUUAUUUUUUCAAAUGUUCAAGAAAGAUCAAGUGCGGUGUACCAGUGCAAUGCCUCUAACGAAUAUGGAUAUUUACUGGCAAACGCAUUUGUAAAUGUGCUGGCUGAGCCACCACGAAUCCUUACAUCUGCAAAUACACUCUAUCAGGUCAUUGCAGACAGGCCUGCUCUUCUGGAUUGUGCCUUCUUUGGGUCUCCUCUGCCGACCAUUGAGUGGUUCAAGGGAGCUAAAGGUAGUGCCCUUCGUGAAGAUAUUUAUGUUUUGCAUGAAAAUGGCACUUUGGAAAUUCCUGUGGCCCAAAAGGACAGUACGGGAACUUAUACAUGUGUUGCAAGGAAUAAAUUAGGAAUGGCAAAGAAUGAAGUUCACUUAGAAAUCAAAGAUGCAACAAGGAUCAUUAAACAGCCCGAAUAUGCAGUUAUGCAAAGAGGGGGCACCGUGUCCUUCGAAUGCAAAGUGAAACAUGAUCACACCUUAAUCCCCACCAUCACAUGGCUGAAGGACAACGGUGAGCUGCCCAGUGACGGAAGGUUCACUGUGGACAAGGACCAUUUGGUGGUGGCUGAUGUAAGGGAUGAUGAUGGUGGGACCUACACGUGUGUGGCCAACACAACUCUGGACAACGUUUCUGCCAGUGCUGUGCUGAGCGUUGUUGAUGUCCCAAAUCCUCCCUUUGAUUUAGAAUUGACGGAUCAACUCGACAAAAGUGUUCAGCUGUCUUGGACGCCAGGCAAUGACAACAACAGCCCUAUUACAAAAUUCAUCAUUGAAUAUGAAGAUGCAAUGCACGAGGCAGGGCUGUGGCACCUCCAAACCGAGGUUUCUGGAAUGCAGACCACAGCCCAGCUGAAGCUGUCGCCUUACGUGAACUACUCCUUCAGAGUGAUGGCCGUGAACAGCCUCGGGAGGAGCUUGCCCAGUGAGGCAUCUGAACAGUAUUUGACUAAAGCCGCAGAACCUGAUACAAAUCCCACAGCUGUGGAAGGACUGGGAUCAGAGCCUGAUAAUUUGGUGAUUACCUGGAAGCCCUUGAAUGGUUUCGAAUCUAACGGGCCAGGCCUUCAGUACAAAGUGAGCUGGCGCCAGAAAGAUGGCGACGAUGAAUGGACGUCUGUGGUGGUGGCAAAUGUAUCCAAAUAUAUUGUCUCGGGCACACCGACCUUCGUUCCCUACCUGAUAAAAGUGCAGGCCCUGAAUGACGUGGGGUUUGCUCCAGAGCCAGCCGUGGUCAUGGGGCAUUCUGGAGAAGACCUCCCAAUGGUGGCUCCCGGAAAUGUGCACGUGAACGUGGUGAACAGUACCUUAGCUGAGGUGCACUGGGACCCCGUACCUCUGAAAAGUAUCCGAGGACACCUGCAAGGCUAUCGGAUUUACUACUGGAAGGCGCAGAGUUCGUCUAAGAGAAACAGACGCCACCUUGAGAAGAAGAUCCUCACUUUCCAGGGCAGCAAGACUCACGGCAUGCUGCCUGGGCUGGAGCCCUUCAGCCACUACACGCUGAACGUCCGCGUGGUCAACGGGAAAGGGGAGGGCCCGGCCAGCCCCGACAGAGUCUUUAAUACUCCAGAAGGAGUCCCCAGUGCUCCAUCCUCUUUGAAGAUUGUUAACCCAACACUAGACUCCCUCACUCUGGAAUGGGACCCACCGAGCCGCCCGAAUGGCAUUUUGACUGAAUACACCUUAAAGUAUCAGCCAAUUAACAGCACCCACGAAUUAGGCCCACUGGUGGAUCUGAAAAUUCCUGCCAACAAGACACGCUGGACUUUAAAAAAUUUAAAUUACAGCACACGGUAUAAGUUUUAUUUCUAUGCACAAACAGCAGCAGGAUCCGGAAGUCAAAUAACAGAGGAGGCAGUGACAACUGUGGAUGAAGGUAAGAUGGCAAUGGCGAGCCGGCAGGUGGAUAUUGCGACUCAGGGCUGGUUCAUUGGUCUAAUGUGUGCCGUCGCUCUCCUUAUCUUAAUUUUGCUGAUUGUUUGCUUCAUCCGAAGAAACAAGGGCGGUAAAUAUCCAGUCAAAGAGAAGGAAGAUGCUCAUGCUGAUCCUGAAAUCCAGCCUAUGAAGGAAGACGAUGGCACUUUUGGAGAAUACAGUGAUGCCGAAGACCACAAGCCUUUGAAAAAAGGCAGCCGGACACCUUCAGACAGGACAGUGAAGAAGGAAGAUAGCGAUGACAGCCUAGUUGACUAUGGAGAGGGGGUGAAUGGCCAGUUCAAUGAGGACGGCUCCUUUAUUGGACAAUACAGUGGUAAGAAAGAGAAGGAACCAGCGGAAGGAAACGAAAGCUCAGAGGCACCUUCUCCUGUCAAUGCCAUGAAUUCCUUUGUUUAAUCUGUAAACUCUCUGCCAAUAUCCCAUUUCUCUAGAAUGUUUCUCUUAAGCACUUGUUUGUCUGCCUUCUCGUACUAGGAACACAGGCAGAAAGUAUGUGUUCUGCUGUGCGUUAAUAUUAUGAGAGUGGUGCAAACAAGAACAUAACUCAGAUGAUUUGUUAAUGUGAACUGCAGUGCAAAGUACAUCCUUUUUCAUUCAAAAUAGGUAUUCUUGUUCAGAACUGAUAAAAAUAAUACAGCAUCAUCAACCGAUCACGUUAUUUGCUCUUCGGGAUACAGUUCAAUACGAUGCAUGAAAAAUGCUACGUGUAAAGGAAUACCUGUGUACCUUAUUAAAACAUGGUUUGAUACUUUGUUUAUAUUCUCCUCAGCUGAACCCCCGAAAUACGAAUUCCGUUUUCAUUGUCAAGAGUGUUACUGUAGAAUUCUCUAGAACUCCAAUGUCUUUGUGGACAUUGUGGUGAAAUUGGUGACUCUAUGUCUAGCUGUCGUUAGUCUUUUUGGGAGACUGUUAGCAACAAACAGUAUGUACAGGAUAUCCUUGCUGUAUGAGUUCAUGACGACCGUCGCAUUUGCCGAUGCUUCGCAGAGACUCUGUGACCGGCCUCUGCCCCUUAUUCCUCCGGGUAUUACCGCAGCACAGUGUUCGACUUCUCACAUCUUCUCUACGGUCAGUUGUUUUUAGGCAUAAUGUGUAUUGCAGUGCAUUGUGGCACGAAUGCCAGACCGAAAGAAUCGAAAACGAGUCACUCCACUUCAGUUUCAAAAAUGAUUCCAGAAAGCACAGGGCAAGACACAUGCAGUGCCUUCAGACGGGAAGCAUUCCAUAACACGCUGCCUUCGGUAGCAGUCGGCACGGCCGACGCAGAGCCCUAGCUUCCCGGCGUGCUCCAGAAGUAACUUCUAGAAAGCAGAGGUCCUGGAAACAGCCAAUGCUGAAAGAAAGGAAAUGUGAAAAUAAAAUUAAUCAGACAGUUGAUGGUAAGGAGCAUUUCCCCGUGUGUAUAAAAAGAAAAAGGCUUAGCACCUCCUGGAGCGCAUGCUGAUUCUGUGGGUUUUGUGGUUUCUAUUCAAGCAAGCCAGUUGGGUCAGAGGGCCGUCGAUUUGGUAGGGAAUCUUUGUUAAAAAAAAAAAAAGAAAAUCUAUUCCCAAACCGGAAGCAGACAACAGCAUGCCAACAGGAAUGCUUUUCUCCAGGCCUUUACCUAGGUGGCAGCUUCUGAAACUCUCUGCAGCAUUAAACAGUGUGUAUGCAAAUUGCUGUGGACACAUUUCCGACUCUCAGAAAUCUGACGAGUGCUAACAAGGACAACAGUCAAAGGGAUUAUGUCUGCAGUUUCCAAAACAAACAUAACACAUCCUACCGUAUCCACCAACGAUAUCUAUCAAAUGGUUUACCUCCAAAUAUGAAAUCCUCUAACAACCUAUGGUUGAAGGAAUGCUCAGUUUCAUUUGCCAAUAAAUUGGUUUCUCAUAACUUGCAUCAAGUUUAAUUUUAAGUAAAGCUUUUUAUAUGUAGAUAUUUUGUUGAAUCUGUAAAUACACUGAAAGUGUAGAUGCUAUAUGCUUAGAGGUGUUACAUACGAAUAAACACGCAACCAAUGUUGACGUCGUACUGUCUAAGAAGUUAGCUCAUAAAUACAGUGCAUGGGAUUGGAAAGCAUUUCCUUAAAUACCUUUUGGGUUUUUAUUUUCCCUUUUUUGCUGUGAAACUGAAAUAGUGAGCGCUUUGACAUAUUGACAGCGAGUUUCUAGAUGGCAUCUUCAGAGCUUUGCCUGUAGGGCUCAGGAGGCUUGUUCACUCCAUGUAGGCAGAGCCCAGUUUGAAGUCAUCCCAGGUAAAGAUGACCCUAUUUCCACAGCUCCAUAUUCCCUUUUCACAGACCAACCGUGCUAAUGGAAAUACAGAAAAACAAGACAGGCUUGCCUGGGCACCAGUGAGCACAAAGAUAAGAGUGACUUUAAGUUUGCCGUUGUUUGGGGGAGGGGGGGACAGUAAAAGUACAGUUUUUACUCUUCCAUAAUGGUAGGCGCUAGAGUUAUCUGUGCAUGAAGGGGUCACCUCUGUAAUAGUGCAACAGAUUUUGUAUUAAAAAUUAAAUGUGGUUUUAAACGUCCCUCUCUCUUUUGUAGUAAGUCAUGUUCCUAGUGGAGUGUGAAUGUCCGAAGUAACGGUGUAUUUAAAAGUACAGGCAGAUAUGACUGGAUUUCCAUGAAAAAAAAAUCACUAUCAAACCGUCUUGAUCUCUU